UUAUCGGACGUCCGCACGGUUUCCCUCCAAUUCUCGGCGACCACAACAAGGAAAAAAAACGCGCGUGCUCGCAGCCGCGGUGGCAACAUGACGUCACGAUCGGCUCGUCCGCCCGUCUAGCUCGUUCGCGGCAGCGGCGUAACGCGCAUAAACACACAAACAGUGCGCUUUGUGUCCACCGUCGGCUUUUGUUGUACGCCCGGGUUUCCCGCCAUUCGCUAUAAAUUAUCACUGCCGUCCGUGACCGUGGCCUGCAUACACGGGUUCUAUUUAUUUAUUUAUUUUUUUCCUUCCAGUCUUAACGAUACACUCCGCAAUAGCACCAAUAUCAAAAUAACAUAACAAUUAUUACGUACGUAAUUAAUAACGAUUUGUUAUUUUUUACGCGUGUGCGAUUUUUCAUUCGGGCGUUCGAGCGCAACGCAUAAGUUUCGACGCCACCGCCGUUGCCACUGUGCCGCCGUCGUCAAGUUACAUGUAAUAUAACCAACAAGGACGCGUGUCGUUUAUCACGCCGGUCGCGUGCGCCCGCCUAUUUAUACCCAAUAUUUCCAACUACGCGGUCAGUGUGCGUGUUAGUUGGUGGUCGUGGUCAGCGACGUUGUAGUGGUGACCGAGGGGAUAUCGAGACGCGAUGGGCGUACCGGUGGACGAAGACAUUUACAACAGCAAGUAUGUGGAGCUAUGCAAGGGUCUCAACUUGGACAAGAAUGCCGCCAGUCGAGCGUGGGAGACGUAUCUAGCCGUUAGGGAGAACUAUUCAUUGGACGGUGAUCCGAGUCAUUGGUUGGCUUGCGCCAUUUAUGUGGCAUGUCGUAACGUCACUGAACAUACAGUCGGAGACAGUGAGACUUUGAUUGAGGGCAAUCUAGUUAGUUUGACAAGACUUCUGCGUCUGUGUAAUAUUAGCCUCAUAAAUUUUAUUGGAAAAAGCAAGAAAUGGGCUGAUAUGAUCAAUAUGCCACCAGAAUUACGUCGUAAGAUCGAUAAAUUAGAAAAAAAUUUUGCCGUUUCAAUGGUUAUAUUUAAAAAAUUCCAACCUAUUUUUGAAGCUAUGUUUAACAACACUAAAGAUGAGCAAACAAAAGUCCGUUGCUCUAAAAAGCAAAAGGUAACAUGUUCAUCUUCUAAACUUUUUGAGUUUUGUUGGACAUUAUUUGUUGUCGCUAAAUCCGAAUUUCCAGAUUUGAGUGAAAAUUUGGUCAAUUCUUAUCAUUUAUUGUUAGCUUGUUGUGAUUAUGUGUAUACAAAUGUUCUUAUGGCUGAUUUAAGAUAUUUACUUAAUAAAUCUUUUGGAGGCUUGCCUAAUGAUUUUGAAGCCAAUUCUUACGUUCCACCUUCUAAACCAAUUUGCAUUAUUGAUUAUUUAUGCCAACAUUAUGAUGGUAUAACUACUGAUGCUAAAGUAAUUAAAGAGUACUUUUGGAAAACUAAUUUAAAAAAGUUAAUUGAAAGAAAAGUUUUAAAAGGUGAUCCUGACUUGAACUUACUUUUGGAUAUUAUAAAUUUUGAUUUCAAUUACAAAGCAAUCAAUAAACGAUAUGAACAGUAUGUUUUGAGUGUUGGUGAAUUUGAUGAGCGAAUAUUCCUUUCUGAUAAUGCCAAUAAUGAAAUUGGAGCAUCAAAUGAAUGUUCAACUGAAGAUUUAGCCAAAGAAAUGAAAAAUCAAAAAAAUAAUUUAUUUAACCAUCAAACACCUCUUACUGGUCGAAAUCAUUUAAAACCAAAAAUUGAUACAUCUAAUGAGAGCACUCCUGUAAAAAAUGCAUCGGAAAUGGUAUUCAAAAUACAAUCAAUUUUAUUAGAUUGUCUACCUUUUCCAUCUGAUAAAUUAUAUUCAUUAUUAAAGUCAUGUUCAGAAACUUUAAAAUGUGAUAUUGAAGAUCUAAUUAAUACUCUUGGAAAUAAAUUCUGUGCCCAAUAUUGUCAAAUUGAUCAUAAUUCUGCACUGCAUAAUGAUUUUGCUGAAAAGAGAUUGACUAUUGCCAAGACAUGGUUCUACAAGUUGUUUGAAAAUAUUAUUGCUAAAGAAGCAAAAAAUCCAAAAUAUGACAUUAAAUUGUUGAUUUGCCAUACUGUAUUUCACGAAACACUCUUUGCAUGUUGCUUAGAAAUGGUUUUAUUUUCUUACAAUACACAACGUGCAUUUCCUUGGGUUCUUAAUGCUCUACAAAUCCAUCCUUAUCAUUUUUACAAAGUCAUUGAAGUUAUUGUUCGUGUAGAGGAUAAAUUACCUCGAGAUAUGAUAAAGCACUUGAUUAGUGUUGAAGAACAGGUUCUGGAUAGUUUAUCGUGGCAGUCUGAAAGUCCAUUGUGGGAUUUAAUUGAAAAAAAUAAUAAACGAAUCCCUCACUAUGAUGAAAUUGCUUUAACUAAUGUUGUUGGAAGCUCAUCAAUGUCUAAUAUAAACCAAAAAAUUGAAAAUAGUCGUUUUCCACAUAAAGAAAGCCCAGUUUCUGAUAGAUUUAUUUCUCCAGCACCGGGUCAGCCUAAUGUUAUAAGACUUGGUAAACAAAUUACUAUGAAUGAAAAUAGGCAAUACUUUUCUGCUACAACAAAAAAUAAUGGAGUUUCACCAUCUAGUUUAACUGGUCCAUUAAAAAAAAUUGGUACUUUAGGAUUAUUUUUUAGAAAAUUUUAUUAUUUAGCUUCUGUACGCAUGCAAGAUUUGUGUUAUCAAUUAAGUAUAAGCGAUGAAGAUUUGAUGAGAAAAAUUUGGACUUGUUUUGAACAUGUUAUUAUUGAGCAUACCAAUAUGAUGCGUGAUAGACACUUAGAUCAAAUUCUAAUGUGUACAAUUUAUAUUAUUUGUCGAGUGGUCAACUUAAAUUUGUCUUUUCAAGCAAUAAUGAAAUGCUAUCGAAAUCAACCACAAUCUGCUUCACAUAUAUAUAGAAGCGUUUUAAUUUCUCCUCGAAAUCCCAGCCAAGAGCCUGUUGAAAUUGAAGGAGUGCGUCAAGAUAAAGAACAACGUAUUGAUCUUAUUAAAUUUUAUAAUACUAUAUUUGUUCAAGUAGUUAAAGAUAAUGCAUUAAAGUAUUCUACUAAUACUAUAAAUGAUAAUCUUACACUGUCUCCUUUACCAAAUACUAAGACUCAAUUACAAUCACCAACUAUGCGUCGAGUUAAUGAUCGAUUACCAAUAUUUAUACGUAGAUUGGAAGCAAGCCCAAUAAAAUCUCCAAUCAAACCAUUAAGUUAUUGUAUAAAUCAAAGUCCUAAAAAAGAUCUGGAAAAUAUAAAUAUGAUAACGAUGCGAUCAAUUACCAAAAAAAGAAAUAUUAAUGAGGAACACAAAGAUGGACCGAUUCCAAAACAAAAAACUCCAUCUCCUCCUGUUAUAACUAAAAGAUUACAAGGUCUUUUAGAAGAACGAAUGGAACAUAAUACUGAUAAAUAAUAAAUUUAAAUGCUUAUUUUCUUCAUUUUUCUAUCUUGUGAAUUUUUGCUCUUAUAUUAGAUAAUAAUUUCAUUUAUUU